CGGUCUAAUUUGGCAGUCUAAUUUCUGUUUUCAUUGUGACCGCCGCGCUUCGGGGUAAUGGUAAGCAGGGGAUCACAGCAGCCUCUGCGCGUCGGGUCUGUGGCUGCAGCCUGUAGUGGUGAGCUGAGCAGCUUCGCUGUGGCGGUCGGUCGUGCGAGGGGCUGCAGUGCAUCGUGAUCAUGUGAUUCAGGCUAUGGAUUUCGUCUGACCUGUCUGCAUAUAUAUCUCCUUUGUCUGCACCACACUGCAUUAAAAAUUCCUGUUAAGAUGUCUGUAUUGCCUACCAGACUCCCAUCUCUUUCAGGAUAUUCAACCGUUGGAUCCACAGUGCCUGGUACAUACACAUCAAAUGAAAGAAAAUAGCCUAAACUUUUGAGCCUCUGGAUCGUUGGGGAUUGUGUCGUCUGGCUGUUGGGAGGAUCGAUGGAACAGUUCCCGUGAGGCUUGACUGUAAAUACAGAAUCCCCAGCACCGUGCCAGGCACGUUGUAGGAAACACCGCAGUCACCAGGACCUUUGAUCUGAUAGUGGCUUCUGUUUGUCAGUCCCGCAUAAAAAGAACAGCUCAUCGGGAGGCUAUCCACAGCAGGGCGAGAGGCUACCAACACCAUGUUCUGCACGAAGCUGAAAGAUCUCAAGAUCACAGGAGAGUGCCCUUUGUCCUUACUGGCACCGGGGCAGGCUCCCAAAGAGCCCGCAGAAGAGGUAGCAGGAAGCUCAGAGAGUGGCAAAACAGCUCUGCCCAUCUGUCAGGAUGUGCCUGAGAAGAAUGUACCAAGAAGUCUUCCUCAAAGAAAGACCAGUAGGAGCCGCGUCUACCUUCACACUUUAGCAGAGAGCAUUUGCAAACUGAUUUUCCCAGAGUUGGAGCGGCUGAACCUUGCACUUCAGAGAACAUUGGCAAAACACAAAAUAAAAGAAAGCAGGAAAUCUUUGGAAAGAGAAGACUUUGAAAAAAUAAUUACAGACCAAGCAAUUGCAGCAGGAGUUCCAGCAGAAAUCAUCAAAGAAUCUCUCGGCGAAGAGCUUUUUAAAAUAUGUUAUGAGGAAGAUGAACACAUCUUAGGUGUGGUUGGAGGAACCCUCAAAGAUUUUUUAAAUAGCUUCAGCACCCUUCUGAAACAGAGCAGCCACUGCCAAGAGGCAGAAAAGAGAGGCAGGUUCGAGGACGCUUCCAUUCUAUGCCUGGAUAAAGAUCACAAUUUCUUAAAUGUUUACUAUUUUUUCCCUAAGAGAAUCACGUCUCUGAUUCUUCCUGGCAUCAUUAAGGCAGCUGCUCACAUUUUGUACGAAACCGAAGUGGAUGUGUCACUGAUGCCUCCCUGCUUCCGUACUGAAGGCAGCGAGUUCGUUAAUCAGCCCUAUUUGUUAUACUCGCUUCACGUCAAAAGCACCAAGCCAUCCCUGUCCCCGGGCAAGCCCCAGUCCUCGCUGGUGAUUCCUGCUUCCCUCUUCUGCAAGACCUUUCCUUUUCAUUUCAUGUUCGACAAAGACAUGACAAUUCUGCAGUUUGGCAAUGGCAUUAGAAGGCUGAUGAACAGGAGAGACUUUCAAGGAAAGCCUAAUUUUGAAGAGUACUUUGAAAUUCUGACUCCAAAAAUCAAGCAAACGUUCAGUGGAAUCCUGACCAUGUUGAACAUGCAGUUUGUGGUCCGAGUGAGGAGGUGGGACAACUCUGUGAAGAAAUCUUCCAGGGUGAUGGACCUCAAAGGCCAGAUGAUCUACAUUGUUGAAUCCAGUGCAGUCUUGUUCUUGGGCUCACCCUGUGUGGACCGAUUAGAAGAUUUUACGGGACGAGGGCUCUACCUCUCAGACAUCCCGAUUCACAAUGCACUGAGGGACGUGGUGCUGAUAGGGGAGCAGGCCAGGGCACAGGACGGCCUGAAGAAGAGGCUGGGCAAGCUGAAGGCCACCCUUGAGCAGGCCCACCAAGCCCUGGAGGAGGAGAAGAAGAAGACCGUGGAUCUCCUGUGCUCCAUAUUUCCCUGCGAGGUUGCACAGCAGCUGUGGCAAGGGCAAGUCGUGCAAGCCAAGAAGUUCAGUGAUGUCACCAUGCUCUUCUCAGACAUCGUUGGGUUCACCGCCAUCUGCUCCCAGUGCUCUCCGCUGCAGGUUAUCACCAUGCUCAAUGCACUCUACACUCGCUUUGACCGGCAGUGCGGAGAGCUGGAUGUCUACAAGGUGGAGACCAUUGGCGAUGCAUAUUGUGUGGCUGGGGGAUUACACAAAGAAAGUGAUACCCAUGCUGUUCAGAUAGCACUGAUGGCCCUGAAGAUGAUGGAGCUGUCUGAUGAAGUUAUGUCUCCCCAUGGAGAACCUAUCAAGAUGCGGAUUGGACUACAUUCUGGGUCAGUUUUUGCUGGAGUCGUCGGCGUUAAAAUGCCUCGUUACUGUCUUUUUGGAAACAACGUCACCUUGGCAAACAAAUUUGAGUCCUGCAGCGUACCACGGAAAAUCAACGUCAGCCCGACAACGUACAGAUUACUCAAAGACUGUCCUGGUUUUGUGUUUACCCCUCGAUCAAGGGAGGAACUCCCACCAAACUUCCCCAGUGAAAUUCCUGGAAUCUGUCAUUUUCUGGAAGCUUAUCAACAAGGAACAAAUUCAAAACCAUGGUUCCAAACGAAAGAUGUUGAAGAUGGCAAUGCCAAUUUUUUAGGCAAAGCCUCAGGAAUAGAUUAGCAAAAUGUAAACCCGGUUAUUAGUCUCGGGUUUUGACUCCUACGAGCAUGUGUGGAAUCUCUGAAAGCACUUUAAGAUUGCAGAUGACUAAGAAUAAUAUUCAAAUUUCAGGAGCUAAGUCACCAUCUACUUUUUCUUCCAUUUAACAAUGCAAAAAUGUAUUCACUUCAAUAUUUCAAGUCUUCAGAGAAAAAAAAAAGGAAAGAAGCCUCAAAAAUGACAUUUGGGGGAUAUUUCUGUUACUAUAACAAACACUUAUUACCUGUACUCAAAACUCAGCACCUUGUACAUAUAUCCGGUAAUUGUAGUGACCUGACUUGCACAAACUGAUGGGGUUACCUGCAGUCUGUGCCCUAGUGGAAUGGUUGUUAAAGUGUAUUUGUGAUAGUGUUGCCUUAAAAAAGCUUUCUGAAUAGAAAUGAUAGUCUUUGAUACCAUAAGCUCUUUGAACCUUUCAAGUCUGCCUUUUCUUACAUUUCUUCAUUUAACUGUUGGCAUAGAUAACAAAAUAGGUUGAGUAUUUUUUCUGUUGCACUGUUUCUUCUCCAUUUUUUAAGAAGAUAAGCAAUUAUGGGUUAGAUGCAAUAUGAAUAUAAAGUAGUUCAUCUAUAAAUAUCAAAGACUGUUUUAUAAAAAUAUCUGCCAUAACAUAAUGUGUCAUAUCAAUAAAUAUCGACUUUUGUUUGACA